AUGGCUCCCAUGGGUGCACAAAUCGGUAACCCAGCCGAUCCAAUCGUGACGGCUUUGGUUGAGCAGGACAAGAUACCAUGGUACAAGAAGAAAAAUCUUAGAUACCUAUACCUGAUCAUGUUCCCGACAUGUAUUGGUAUUGAAAUGACGUCUGGUUUUGAUUCUUCCAUGAUGAAUGGUCUUCAGGCAGUCCAGAACUGGGAUGAAUAUUUCGACUUUCCUCGUGGUUCAAGACUUGGUAUUUUUAGCGCUUCAUACAACUUGGGAGCUAUUGUCGGUCUUCCUUUCGUCCCAAUGAUCUCUCAUAGGUGGGGAAGAAAAUGGACAAUCAUAUUCGGAUCCAUAAUCAUGAUCAUCGGGGCCGUCAUUCAGGGUGCAAGCCAGAAUUUUGCCAUGUUCACUAUUUCUCGUAUUAUUCUCGGUUUUGGUAUUCCCUAUGGCAUUGUCGGUGCUUCGGCACUCAUUGGUGAAACGGCCUAUCCAAAGGAAAGAGCAACCUUGACGGCUGUAUUCAAUGCAUCUUGGUUCAUUGGGGCCAUCAUUGCGGCUUCUAUUACCUUGGGGACAUUUGCCAUGCCGAAUACUUGGAGUUGGAGAAUCCCAAGUUUCCUACAAGUCGUUCCGUCAUUGCUGCAAAUUAUUUUCAUGCCAUGGAUGCCUGAAAGCCCUCGUUUCUUGAUCCAAAAAGAUCGAAUCGAAGAAGCCCGAGAUUUCUUCAUUAAAUACCAUGCGGAAGGCGACGCCGACAGUGAACUCGUCAAAGCCGAAAUUGUCCAAGUCCAAACUGCGAUUACAAUCGAACUCGAACACUCCAAACUUGGCUGGCGAGAACUUUUCAGAACUCCCGGUAAUCGUCGCAGAGCCACCAUCACUGGUUUCCUGGGUCUCUUCACCCAAUGGUCUGGAAACACUCUCAUCAGUUACUACCUCGUACGGAUUCUCAACCAAGCUGGCAUCACCGAGAAGAGCACACAAACUAGAAUUAAUCUUGGAAGAACAUGUUGGGAUUUCUUGAACGGUACUAUUAUUGCUCUCAAUGUGCCGAGAUUAUUGAAGCGCAGAACCGGAUAUUUUAUCUGUACUAUUGGCUUGCUCUGUGUAUACGUCUCUUGGACAAUUUCUGCAUCCCAGUACGCACAGACGAAACACCAAUCCGCUGGUUAUGCCGUCUUGGUUAUGAUUUUCUUGUACAGUCCGUUCUACAACGUUGGUUACAACUCUUUGACAUACACUUACCUUGUCGAACUUUUCCCAUACCACAUCAGAACAAACGGAAUUGCAUUUUUCCAAGCUUUCGGCAGAUUAGCUGGCUUCUUCAACAACUUUGUGAACCCAAUUGCCCUGGAAGCCAUCGCAUGGAAGUAUUAUAUCACUUAUUGCGUCUGGCUCGGCUUCGAAAUCAUCUUCGUCUACUUCAUGUUCCCAGAAACUUCGGGACGUACUCUCGAAGAACUAGCCUUCUUGUUCGAGGGUUCUGAGAACAACGACAUCCUGAGCAAGGCCACCGAAAAACAACUUGGCGACAAUAUUCACCUUGAUGAUGUUCCAGUUGUUGGAGGUCAGAAGGAUGAGGAGAGGCCCGCUGUCCAGGAAAUCGAAGCCACUGUGAGAUAG